GCGCGCCGUGCCCGGAGCUGCCGCCGCCGCCGCUCCGCUGCGCGCGGGGCCGGGGCCGUCGGCCCAGGCCACCAUGCCGCUGGGGCGGGACGGGCCCGGCUGGAAGAAGCGGACCGAGGACAUCCACCGAAUUUACGACUUCCGAGAGGUCCUGGGCACGGGGGCCUUUUCCGAGGUGGUCCUGGCGGAGGAGAAGGCGACCCAGAAGCUGGUGGCCAUCAAGUGCAUCGCCAAGAAGGCGCUGGAGGGGAAGGAGGCCGGGCUGGAGAACGAGAUCGCCGUCCUGCACAAGAUCAAGCACCCCAACAUCGUGGCCUUGGAUGACAUCUACGAGAGCAGCAGCCACCUCUACCUCAUCAUGCAGCUGGUGUCGGGGGGGGAACUCUUCGACCGCAUCGUGGAGAAGGGCUUCUACACCGAGCGCGACGCCAGCGCCCUGAUCCGGCAGAUCCUGGACGCCGUCAGGUACCUGCACGACAUGGGCAUCGUGCACCGAGACCUCAAGCCCGAGAACCUGCUGUACUACAGCCUGGAGGAGGACUCCAAGAUCAUGAUCAGCGACUUCGGGCUCUCCAAGAUCGAGGGCUGCGGCAGCGUCAUGUCCACCGCCUGCGGGACCCCCGGAUACGUGGCCCCCGAGGUGCUGGCGCAGAAGCCCUACAGCAAGGCAGUGGAUUGCUGGUCCAUCGGGGUCAUCGCCUACAUCCUGCUGUGCGGGUACCCCCCGUUCUACACUGAGAACGACGCCAAGCUCUUCGAGCAGAUCCUGCGAGCCGAGUACGAGUUCGACUCGCCCUACUGGGACGAUAUCUCGGACUCGGCCAAAGACUUCAUCAGGCACUUGAUGGAGAAGGACCCCAAAAAGCGCUUCACGUGCGAGCAAGCCCUGCAGCACCCCUGGAUCGCCGGGGACACGGCCCUGGACAAGAACAUCCACCAGUCGGUGAGCGAGCAGAUCAAGAAGAACUUCGCCAAGAGCAAGUGGAAGCAAGCCUUCAACGCCACGGCCGUGGUGCGGCACAUGAGGAAGCUGCAGCUGGGAACCAGCCAGGAGGGCCCCGCGCAGCCCCCGCUGAGCAGCCCCUGCCACGGCCAGCGCCUGGGGGGGGCCUCCAGCAACGCAGGGUCAGACUGCGAGCGGGCGCCAGGCAACAGACCCCCCCGGCUGCCCCCACACUGAGGGCCUGGCCCCCACCCGCACAGCUCGGCUGCUGGGGGGCUGGGGGGGGCACAGCUGGACGGGGCAGGGCGUUUUGGGGGGGGUCCAGUGGGGGUCCUGCCCCCUGAUACAGGCUGUGGUGCUGAGGUGGGGGGUGCCCAGCCUCACGGACCCCAAAAAAUCCCUCUCCCCCCCCCCCCCAUCUGCUCCUUUUUUGGGGCAGAACCGUGAGGGGGGGGCACCCUGCCCUGCUGCCAGCCAGCCCCAGGAGGGACCCCUUUUUUUUUGGGGAGGGGGCUGCCCCCCUGCAGGCUUGGAGCCGAGGUCUGCACGGGGCUGGGGGGCAGCUCCCAGGAGCACCCCCAAGGCUGGGGGGGGAAGGAGGGGGGGGCUCCAGCCGGGCCCUCUCCCUCCCUCCCCACUCCGGCCCCCCCCCGGCAUGCUCCAGGCGCAUUUUCCAAAUGGAUGUUUCUAUUUUAUUGCUUGUAAUAAAGGAAACAGGCGAGAGCCGCCCAGCUCGG